UGCGCAUGCCCAGAGAGCGCAUAGAAAGUUUGGGAAAUUUGCUUCAGUAGACUUUAGUAGUGUAUUAAUGGGACGCCCCGGCGUUCAGUGAGUGUUUGUAAUUGUUUUAUGCUCAUAGGCACGCGUGAGACUUUUUCACAGUGGACGGGAAAUUCUUUUAGAGCUUUUUUUAGUAAAUGUUCUGAAUUGGAUUACGUGCGUAAUGAUACUAAGUAAAACAUAUACGUCACAACCGUGAGGAGAGUGAACAGCUUCUUUCUUGUGAACUUUUCACCUGUGGUGUAUCAUUUGUCCAAAAAAACGAAAGUCUUCGAAUUUUCAUGGAACAUACUUUGACAUCCAAGCACAGGAAGUGAAAUUCAUGGCCACCAUCCCUGUCCCACCACCCCCAAUCCCUCCUCCUCCUCCUCCUCCUCCUCCUCCUCCACCUCCACCUCCGCCCGUCUCCGGCAGCGGUCUGACCCGUAUGGACUCUGGCCGCAAACACCGGCUUCGCAACCUCAACUGGGAGCGGAUCCCCAAAGAACGCGUGGAGGGCCGUAAGAGUGUGUGGAGUGGCUUUCUUGAUGACGACUGUGAGCUCUCCAUUGACCUGAACUCUCUGGAUGAGCUCUUUGGGCAAAAGGAGGGCAAAAAGCCAGACCGGGCCAGUGGCUUCCGGCGUAGUUUACGCCGCUGCGGGUCUCCACAAGAGACGAGUGUGGACAAAGUUAUGCUGCUUGACUCAAAACGCAGCAUGAAUGUUGGGAUAUUUCUGCGACAGUUCAAAAUUGCUGCUAGGGAGAUUGUGGAAGAUGUGAGACGAGGAGUCGGAGAGCGUUACGGAGCUGAGAAACUGGCAGAACUCUGCAAGCUGCUGCCUGAUAAUGAAGAGGAGGCCAGACUGAAGAAGUUCAGCGGUGACCGUAGUUUAUUGGCAGAGCCGGAUCUCUUCAUUCUCUCACUGGUGGAGUUACCCAGCUUUCGCAUGCGUUUGGACGUCAUGAUCCUCCAGCAGGAGUUUGACCCUGCGGUGACCUCCCUCUGUAUGGCGGCCAGAUGUCUGCGGGAGGCAGCGCGAGAGCUGCUGAGCUGUCCGGAGCUUCACUACAUCCUGCGCCUGGUGCUCAAGGCGGGAAACUACAUGAACGCUGGUGGUUAUGCUGGAAAUGCUGCUGGAUUCAGAAUUUCCUCUUUACUUAAACUGGCUGACACCAAAGCCAACAAACCAGGCAUGAACCUCCUCCAUUUUGUCGCCAUGGAGGCUGUGAAGAAGGAUAAAGACUUGCUGAUGUUUCACAGCCGCUUAAGUCACGUUGGUCCAGCUUCAAGGUUAUCAGAAGAAUCUGUGGUGGAGGAUCUUUCUCGACUACAAAGCAGAGUCGCUGAACUCCGAGUCCGAGCUCAGGCUGAUGCUGAAAUCGAGCAGCAGACGAGAACAUUUCUAGAGGUUGCGGAAGUGAGGCUGCAGGAAGCUCAGGAUGAGCUGGAAAGUUUACAGAAGACCAGUAAGGCCAUUGUGGAUUUCUUCUGUGAAGAUGACAAGUCUUUCAAACUGGAGGAGGCCUGUCAUAUCUUCCACUGCUUCUGCCAUCGCUUCCAAAAAGCUGUGCGGGAGAACACAGAGCGAGAAUUACAAGAGCAGCGGCGUUUGGCACGUGAGCGUGAGAAUGUGGAAAAGCGGCGAUCUCUGGCUCUGUGCACUGGACUGGAAGCGGAGCAGGAGUCUGAUGAUCUGGAGCACGCGCUACAGCGGAGUUUAAGUUACACGGGAAGCCGCCGCAGUCUGCGCAGGCUCUCGCAGUACUUCCUCCGCUCCGACGAGAGGAAUAUGAAAUCUAACAACCAAAAGCACUGCGAAUCAGAGGGUGGAAACCUUCAUGCUCUUAACCCUGAUGGAUUCAGCAAAGACUCAGAAUUUAGACAUUCACUACAGAAGAAUGAUACAGACACUGAGAAAACUAAACAAGGGAUAAAUAAGGUCAAACAAGCUCAGCGUUCAAGCACAGAUUCAACGUGUGAUCUGCAACGAGAUGCGAAUGCUAUGAAAAGCCAUUCCAGGUUGAAUACAAGGACGGUGCCUAGUGAUAAUGCUUUUGUUGCUUUGGGAAAAACAAGUAUCACGUCACAUCAACAGGGGGCAGUGAAUGUCUUGGCGCUCACAGGACUAUCCCCUAACAAAGUUUUGAAAGUUGAGAAACCGGUUCGAGACACCUCUGAAAGGCUGACACAGAUAGAGACCAAUACCUCGGAGGAUGCUAAGAAUAAAGAUUGUGUAAAUGGCAAAGAGUCUCCAUCUCAAAAGGGAGUAACACCACAGACAGAAGCCAAAACGGUUACUACUUUGUUGGGAGAGACGUGGUCAAGUGCAUCUUCUCCUCCUGCAGAUAGUCCUCCUAUAGCACAGGAGACCUGUAGCCCAGACAGAGAGCAUGUUUACCCGGGCAUUGGAGAGACGUUGGAGUGCCACACCCUAGUGAGGGGCCUACGCUCCUACGAGAGCCUUUCGCCAACUGUGACGAGGCCAACCACCAAUCACUGCUCCAAAUGGAAGAAAGAGCGGGAAGCCGAGGAGCGAGAUGGCACAAGCUCACCGCAUGCUAAGGAUGAUUCCCGUCUGGUAAAGACACCUACUCGAGGACCAACCAAAAGACUGCUGGUACAACGAGGAGGGCCCGCCAACAGCAGCGGGAUCCCAAGAGUGCGCACAAAGGCGGAACCGGCUCCUGCCGACGGCUUGUCAGCUAGUCAGGUAUCACGCCCUUCCCCUACACGGCCCACGUCCAUUCGCACAUCGCUGGUGACACGCUUCACUGGCGUUCAGAAUGAACUCAAGCGCAACGGUGGUGCACGUCAGAAGGUAAAUGCCCCGUCUGACACGGGGAAACAAAAAGGUGAUGCUACUGAAAAGUUGAACCAGGAAAAGGACAAAUUUGUGAGGGGCUCACCGCUUCGCGUGUCCAAACGGCUUGCGCCCAACUUUGAAUCCCAGACUUCCAACACCAUACCCUCUCCCACCGCUGCUACAACUGCAAAGACAAUCCGCACCACCAUCAUAAGUGCAGCCAAAGCCAAGACAGCCAAGAGUCCUGGCACCAGAAUCCCAGGUCCUAAAAUUCCUAAACCUGCCUCCCAACCCAUGUGGAGAUGAUAUCUGGUUUAUUGGACUCUGAGCAGAUGUGGAUUGUUAUCUGUGCAUUUAUGAAAUGUCUUAACAUGCAUAAGGAACUAAAUUAAUAUAUGUGUGAACAGUCAAUUCAAGCUGCCAGUAAAUAAAGGAGCCAUUCAUUGGGUCUGCCCAGAAUGGACACUGUAAUGGAUCCGAGCAGAAUGACUGCUGCUUUCAGAGCUCUCAGCUCUCCGAUUCAGGUCACAGCAAGUUUCGCCUCCCAUUUCAGGACUUUGAUGGAAACUGUCAGGAGAGUCUCAUCCAGCACUGUCUUUAGCUCUACCUCUGAAAACUUGAGUGCUCUGUGCAGGUAACAGCGCACAUCAGAAGGGUUCCUGCCAGAACCUUCUGUCAAUAUGUGUUUUUUGUUCGCAAUGUUAGAAUGUUGAAACGAAUGGAGCUGCCGUAGUCAAACAGUAGACAGACAGAAGUGAAUGCUCAUGUCAUGUUACUAUAUUGAUUUUUAACUUGCCCUUUCAGGUCAAAUUGACUGUUUACUUGAGUUACAGGUACAAAUUAAUGCAAAACGUCCAUUUAAAAUAUGAUAUGUAAUAAUUCAAGAUCCCAAAGCAAAUAUGUUGAAGUAAAUUGUGUGUGAGGUGUGUGUCCAUUUGUACAUGUAGGUUUCUUCAACUCUGAUGCACUUUACGGAUGAAAGAGAUUUAUUGCUGGCCGAAACGGUAUUUGUGGUCAUCUGCUGUACUUGCCUGUUUUGUUUAUAUGAAAUGUUAAAUUAAUAGAAUCAAAAACACAGCUGCCAUUUGUAAUAUUUGUAUUUGUAAAUGAGUAUUUGAAAUAAAAUAUGAACUUACUGUUA